AACCCAGUCUGAUCCAGACAGUGGGAGGUUCGUUGCUUCGAGCUUCACACCCAGCGAUGGUGUUACCGAUCAGCGGCUUCUCCCCUCGCUGCUUGCGUGUGUAACACCGCAUUUGGACUGAAGAAAGUAAAAGACGAGAUCGUAAAGAAUGCAGCUGAAUGUUUGAGAGAUCACAGAUCCUCAAUGUGUGGGACGCCUGGGUUAGAAUCAGGUCUGUGAGGAGUACACCUAACCCGUACCAGGGUAUCAUACACAUCCCAUAAUAGGUUAUAACCAGCGAUUAGUCCAUUAACUGUUGAUUUCACCUCCAACAACCAACUCGCCGAAACUGAUCAGCGGGAUAAUUCGAAUUACAUUUUAUUUCAAGGAUGUAACAGUUUCCAUUCUAUAUCUCAGUGGCGAUUUCGUCCGGGGGGAGGAAAAAAAUGGAUUCAGGAGGCGGAGAUUCAUAUGACCAGCUGAUACAGUUUGAUUUAUCACGCUCCGAGUAACUGGAACUGUGUAAUGGCAUCAGCCCAUGUGUUUGACUAACUAAAGUUCAAGCUGGACAAUAUUUCGCUGAAACUGGGCUGUUAUUUUACUUCAAGUCUAUCGUAAUCUUCUCCUAGCUCUACAUGCAGCGAUGGGUUGCUUCUGUGCUGCACAGGAAGAAUUUUAUUGCGAAGUUUUGCUUUUAGACGAGACCAAGCUCACCCUAACUACCCAACAACAAGGAAUCAAAAAGUCCACCAAAGGGGCUAUUGUCUUGGAUUACGUAUUCAGACAUGCAAACCUGAUGGAGACAGACUACUUUGGUUUGCGUUAUUGUGACAGAAGUCAUCAAACAUACUGGCUUGAUCCCACAAAAACACUUGCUGAACACAAGGAUCUUAUAAACACUGGUCCACCAUACACACUAUAUUUUGGUGUAAAGUUCUAUGCAGAAGAUCCUUGUAAACUUAAAGAAGAAAUAACAAGAUAUCAGUUUUUUCUGCAGGUCAAACAGGAUGUUCUCCAAGGUCGGCUGCCCUGUCCUUUAGAUAUUGCCUCUCAACUGGGUGCUUAUGCUAUCCAGUCUGAACUUGGAGACUAUGACCCUUAUAAACACACAGCAGGUUAUGUGUCUGAAUAUCGAUUUGUUCCUGAUCAGAAGGAAGACCUUGAAGAAGCAAUAGAACAAUUCCAUAAAGCAUUAAGGGGUCAAGUUCCUGCAGAGGCAGAACUCAAUUACUUACAAGUUGCCAAAUUAUUAGAGAUGUAUGGAGUUGAUCUCCAUCCAGUUUUUGGCGAAAACCAGACGGAGUAUUUUUUAGGAUUAACGCCAAUUGGGAUUGUUGUUUACAAGAACAAAAUCCAAGUUGGAAAGUAUUUCUGGCCACGAAUAACCAAGGUGAACUUCAGAGAAACCCAGUUUGAGCUAAGAGUACUAGGCAAAGAUUGUACUGAAACAUCAUACUUCUUUGAGGUACCCAAUAAAGCAGCCUGUAAGCAUCUAUGGCGAUGUUGUGUGGAACAUCAUACAUUUUUCAGAUUACCCGAAUCCGAUGAGUAUUCAAAUUCUAUGUCUCGAAAACUUAGCAAGCUGGGAUCUCUCGGGUACAGACAUCGAUACAGUGGUAAGACUGCAUUUCAACUAAACCGAGACCAAUCCAUUGAGCUUCCACGGCCAGAUCAGAAUGUGAAAAGAACUCGCAGUAAAACGUACCCUAAACGGACAAUUCAUCCUCAGCAGUCAGGUCCAAACAGUGUUAGUCCUAGUCAUAUCAAAACAGACCGUACGGAAUAUGAUGGCACCACCAAAGUUAUUGCACCUUCACCAAUGAAAAGCUCCAAGGUAACCAAACAGGAUAGUAGUCCAGACACACAAACCAAACCCAGUGCACCAUGGAAAGAAAAUGGUCCCCAAGGCGGAUUAUACAUUUCUCCAAGUGAACGCAACAAAUCACCAAAAUUCCCUCAUCCUAAACGACGGACUCCUUCUGGAGGAAGUGAUAAUGAGUCGGGUCAGCCUGGGAGACGAAGGAAGAACCAAAACAAUGGAGGGAAUAUAGAUUCAAAGCAACAAAAGAGAAGGUCCCGGUCCCGUGGAAACACCAGUGGCAGUGGUAGUGAAUCUGAAAAUUCCAGUAGAGAGCGUAAAAGACGUAACAGAUCACGACAAGAGAAUGAGAUGGUGGACUCGGCUCCUCAAUGGGAACAAGUGCUAAGGAGGCAAAAAGAACGAUCAAUGGCUGACCCCAACAACAGACGUUCAAAGCAUAGGUCACGAUCGAGAAGUCCUGACAUACAAGCAAAGGAAGAACUCUGGAAACAUAUUCAGAGAGAACUGGUAGAUCCAAUUGGUUUAACAGAAGAAGAGCUGAAAGAGAUACCAUACACCAAAGUAGAGACUCAAGGUAACCCCAUACGCAUCAGGCAUUCACAUUCACCUCGAAGUUUUCGUCAGUAUCGACGCUCUCAAUGUUCUGAUGGUGAACGAUCUGUUCUUUCAGAAGUAAAUGCCAGGACUGAUCUGGUGCCACCACUGCCUGUGACCCGUGCUUCAGAUGCUCAGGACCGUCAGGGAUCGUCUUCAACAUUAAAUCAAAAGCGAAAUAAAUCUGAAGGUUGUACAACAGAAGGAAAGAGACACACUUCAAGUGAUGACUGGGAUUCAAAAUUCAGUGUUAAAACUUCGAGAACUAUGCAGACACCACGGAUCAAGACUGAGACCUGACUCCUUUAACUUACCAAUUGAGCAAAGCUUUGGGCAUGCAAUGAUGUAGGAACAAUUCUACUAUAGCAUUACCAUGAGAGACAAUUUGUUUUGAAGCUAGUAUCUUGGAUUGUCUUUCUGGAAUUUAUGACCGUCAUUUUUUAUAUUGAUAUCAAAUAAUUUUCUGGAUUUAUAUAUUCCAAAUUUUCUUUUAAAGUUUGAUUUUCUAUAGCAAUGUGUCAAAUGCUGUUAAGUAACUGAACACUAAAUUAUAUUGAAAACAGACUUUGGGACCAAGAAAAUAUAUUUUCUAAAACAUGUGUACAAGCUUUUUCUACACUUUGGUAUGUAAUGAAAUGUUUGUAAAACAUUGAUCAUCAAUGUACAUGGGCAAACAAAACAUUUAAAAUUUAAUUAAUCCUGGCAUGCUUAACUACUGCAUUUACUGCAUUCUACAUUUCUCAACGAUAUGAACAAGUAAAAAUUGUUUUAUGUCUUAUGGAAGAAUAGCUCUUGCUAUUUCAGUACACCUUAAAAGUAUUACCUUUACUGUAUUGAGUAGACUGUUCCCAUGAAAAUGCUUUAUUUCCAUCUCCAAGUGUACUGUCAAUAUAUAAAUUAUACCAUCUAUAUGAGGUGCUUCAUAAAUGGGCUUGCAAAAAAUAGAUCACAUCUUAUACAUCAUUAAAUUAAAACUCAAAUGAAGUGACUAACUUCUUUUAAAGCUUUUCCAGGUAAGAGAAAUGCUGAACAAUUGAGUGCUAGAUGACAAUAAUUCAUCUUCACUUGUUCAGAAUGUAACUAUUUGCUUUAUUUUUGCUGUACUUAAUCUCUAUUAAGUCUCUAUACUAAUUUCUGUGCACUGAAAUAUCAAUUAUUUUACAUUGUACAUGUGAUCAGAAUUUCUUGCAUAUUUCUGAAAGCAUACAGUGCACUCUUCUGUAAAUAUUUGUACAUAUGGAUGCGACAUUAACAGUGUUGUAAGAUAUUUCUUCUAAAAGGUGUAGUGAAUAUAAGUUAGUGUCGUUUGGGCAUUAGGUAUUGGAAUCAGCAAAUUUGUUUUUCCAUCUAAAUUGUUUAGGAUCACAGUGAAUAUAGUUAAAUAUUUAAAGUAAACCAAACAGAAAAAAGAAAUGAAAACAGAUAAACUGUUUUUUUAGUGAAACGUAUCUGGCCCUGGAUUGCAUUUUUAAUUCAGAAAAAAGUAACAACCAUAUUGUAAACAAGACUUUAUUUAAAAAUGCUAAUACUGUCCCAUUGAUGCCCACUUGUCAGGGAGAUUAAAAAAAGGAACAAUAAAUUUAAAAGCAGAAAGUGCUGGAGCAACUCAGUAAGUCUGACAAUAUCUGUGGAGAGAGAAACAAAGUUAAUGUUUUAAGUUCAAUGACUCCCCUUCAGAAUUCAAUAAAUAUAAGGUAGUCAUUAAUGAAUUUAAUGGGAACUCAGGAGAAAUGUUUUUACUUAGAAAGUGUUUGGAAUGCAGAACUUGUUAGCAUAAGAAGUAGUAAAAGUAUAGAUCUAUUUAAAGGAUAAUUAGACAAAACAUGCAAGAUAAAGGAAUAAAAGAUUGUGAUGUUGGAGUUAGAUGAAUAGGCUGGGAUGAGGCUUUUGAGGAGUAUCAAUACCAGCAUAGAUAAUUUUGGCUGCAUGGUCUGUUUCUGUGUUGUACAUCCUAUAUAGUUGAACUAAAACAGUGUAGAAAAUGCAGACUACAAGCCAACUGUUGCAAAUCUAAUAGAGAUUUGAGUGAAUUAACACAGCAGUGUUAAUCCCUGUUACCUAUUAAUAAGAGUUGAUGUGUGGUGCUGACCAUUUAGCACAUACCACUAAUUGGAUCCAAAUCUCAAAACCCACAGAAAACUGAUGCCCAUUUUGACUAAAUACAAAGCAACUCUCAUUCUUGCAAUAAGAUGUCAGUAUUUUCUAUGCAAUGCAAUUCUCAAUUGUGAUCACUUUCUGUUGCCAAUCCUGUUUUGAUUCUCUAUAUAAUCAUAAUGACUACUACUAGUACUUCAGAAAUGUAAGGAUGAUUUGUAAUUUGUAGAGUUGCUGGGAUUGAAAGGGCUGUCAAACAGAAUACCCACAUGCAAGGCAAUGAUAUGUUAGAUUAAUAUCAGAAAAUUAAACUGGAACUUAUGGUAAUUGUUGUAAUGUAUUUUGCAUGUUGUUUUGAGUUUGGUUAGCGGAGAGGAAAAUAAAUCAGGUUGUAAGACGGAUCUCUUCUGUACAGAUCUUUUCUGAGUAUUUAACAAUAUCAGUUUGCUUAUAUAUGUGUUGUUUGUUCUGUCACAAAUCUACAAGUUCCUUUUGAAUGCAAAGAGUAGAAUAUUCCAGGCCCAUCUGAAGUAUUUUAGUCUGUUUCUUUUCAACCACUUCUCAUAGAUCAAGUAUCUUAAACUAGCUAUCAACUUGAUUACUUUUUUCUAUGAUGGAUCCGAUGUUACUGAACAAUAACAUCUAGCUAUACUGCCUCCCAUUUCAUAGUUUUGCUCUUACCAACUUAUCUGCUUCCUUAGCACCUGAGUUCUAAGAUUGAAGACUGCUUCCACUGGUUUUGAAGCCUUACAAUAAAAUUUAUUCAAGA